UACUAUUCUGUUACUUCUCUUUUUUGUGUGGAAAUGGAGACAAAACACAAUAAAGACCAAGAAAAGUCCAGAAAUUGAUAAAGAAGAAAAUUGUAACUCUAACAGUACCAAAACUGAAGGAGAGAUGGAGCAGCUCAUGACAGAUGAAACAGUGCAAAAGGAGGUUUUCAACAAGGGAAAAGGGCAAAAGGAGAUAAAACACUCUCAAGACAAGCCGCAGGAGCUACAGGAGAAGCCAAGGCCCAGGAAAAAGGAGCCCGAAAUUCACAAAUCUAAAGUAUUUGAUCGUCAGAAUUCUCAGAAAGUCUCACACACCACCAUGACCGGUCAGGUAUCUGCCACAGGAGACAUCAUUGUGGACAAAGUCGACCCAGAGGGCAAAUAUGUUCGUCUCAAAAACAUAUCCACGAAGCCCGAGAUUCACAAAUCUAAAGUAUUUGAUGGUCAGAAUUCUCAGAAAGUCUCUCACACCAGCAUGACCGGUCCGGUAUCAGCCACGGGUGCAUCUAAAGUAUUUGAUGAUCAGAAUUCUCAGAAAGUCUCUCACACCGCCAUGGCCCGUCAGGUAUCAGCCACAGGAGACAUCAUUGUGGACAAAGUCGACCCAGAGGGCAAAUAUGUUCGUCUCAAAAACACAUCCAUGAAGUUCCAGUCAAUGAAAGGCUGGGAAUUACAUAUCCAGGUUAACAACAGAAAACCCAUCAUGCACACAUUUAACUCGUCAUUUAGGCUAAGUCCUGGAAACACUGUCACUAUCUGGUCCAAAGAAUCUGAUGUCACUGACUCAACCACUGACCUGGUGACCUUAGAAUGCUGGGGCACUGGAGAGCGACUGCUGGUCACGCUCUACAGAGACACUGGAGAGUCUGCCAUAUCUGAAGCACAAAAUCUUGUGAAUUGUGGCACCAGCUUGGCCAGUCAGGACUCAGUCACAGGACACAUCAUUGUAGACAAGAUCAACCAAGAGGGCAAAUAUGUCCGUCUCAAAAACAAGUCUGAUAUGGUACAACAAAUGAAAGACUGGGAAUUACAUAUCCAGGUCAACAACAGAAAACCCAUUAUAAUAAGCAGAUUUGAUUGCAGAGUCCACCUAAAUCCUGGACAGACUGUGACUAUCUGGGCCAAAAAUUUUGCUUUCAUGCGUGAACCUGGUGACCUGCCCAGCUUGGAGUCCUGGGGCAUUGGAAAACAACUGCUGGUUACCCUCUACAGUGACACUGGAGAGGUCUGACAACACCUUACAUGACACAAGUUGACAAAUACACUGUAUGACCAAAGGUAUGGGGACACA